AUGCCCAACCCCCAAGGCAAACUACCUCCCCUCCCCAACUCGGGGCUCCCCGGCCCGUCCACCCCCCAGCAUCUCCCUCGCCCACUUUCCCCAGCCUCACUCGACCCACCCACGGCCCAGUCCCUACCCAGCAACUGCCGCUGCCUCCCCAAUGUUGCCACCGAGAAGUCCCCAGGACCCUUGCCUCGCCCCAGGGCGCUCGGUGCCCGUGAGCUGCGCCCGCACUUGAGCCCCCGAGGCCCAGCCGCCGCCGCCACCCUCACCUUCUGCCCGACACGAUACGACCCUCAACUACGGCAGCGAACGGCGCGCCGCCGGACUGACGGCCGCCCACAGGCCCGACGCGCCGUGGGACCACUGCGGACGCAACCACACUCACAAAGGAGUGAAAAUAAGUUUGUUUCAGGGUUAAACUCAAGAAAGGAUUAUAGUGAUCAAAAUAUUGCUGACCAACAUGCGACUGAAAAGAUAAAAAUAGAAGAUGAUGAGCAUUAUAAACCUAGUUCCAACAGGGGAACUCAGCAGACUAAAGAUUUAUUAUUCUUGAAGGACCUGAAUGGAACUGAUGGGUCACAACAUUCAGAUCUGAAACUUCCAAUAACUUUACACCCACUUCCACCUGGAAUCAAACUUCAGCUUCAAGGUUCAUCUUCCACGUGCGAUGUUGUCAAAUUUGCCAAAUUAUCUGGACCGCUAGCAUCAAACAAUUUGAGCGACAUUAGGUUACAGACACAAGUGGACCCAUCCUUGAAGAUCAACACUAUAAAUGUUCCUCUUACUGUCCCUCCUACUGAAGCAGAAAUCAAUGAUAUGCCACCUUCCAAAGACAGAAGUGGGCACAUAAAACGCCCAAUGAAUGCAUUUAUGGUUUGGGCACGAAUUCACAGACCAUCAUUAGCCAAGGCAAACCCCAAUGCUAAUAAUGCUGAGAUUAGUGUCCAGCUUGGCCUGGAGUGGAAUAAAUUGACUGAAGAACAGAAGAAACCUUAUUAUGAUGAGGCACAAAAGAUAAAAGAGAAACAUAGGGAAGAGUUUCCUGGUUGGGUGUACCAGCCUCGGCCAGGGAAAAAAAAACGAUUUGCAUUGGGUGUCCCUUCUAGUGUCUUUCCUGGCAGUGGUCAAAAUAUUGUUUCUACAGCUCCAGCAACAAUUUAUCCCUAUCGACCAGCCACCUACUCAGUAGUAAUUCCAAAUUUACAGACAAAUGUUAAUCGGCCAUCAGUUAUUGAGCAAAGGAUACCUACAAUGUCAGUGGAUGUUGGCAAACGAAAUUCUUCCAGUGAAACUAAUAAUACUCACAACAGAGGUGCAAUGCCUGAAGUCCCAGCACAAAAGGAGAUACCCACUGUGCCCAACUGCCCCAGAAAUCCACCACCAAUACCUUCGGCAACACUUCCACACCCACAUGCUUACCAGCAUCCACCAAUGGGACAUGCUGCUAACCUGUUUGGAGCUGCUGCUCGAUUUCCUUUUCACCAUCCUUAUUUCUUGCCUGGACCACCCUACUUUCCUUCAAGUACUUGUCCUUAUAGCAGACCACCCUAUGGCUACGGUGACUUUGCAAACAGCAUGUCCGAAUGCCUAGGCUACUAUGAGGACCGAUACCAGAAGCACGAGGCUAUGUUCUCAGCGCUGAAUAGAGACUAUCCUUUCAGGGAGUACCCGGAUGACUGUCAACGCAAUGCAGACUCCAGAAGCAAUAGCAGCAUAGAGGAAGGGCCCCACUCUAACAGCCUAGGAGGAGAAGAGUAUCUGAACUCUAUGCCACAGCUGGAUGUUGGAGCACUGGAGAAUGUGUUCACAACCCCAAUGUCUGCUCCAUCACAGCCUCAGAGAGUGGAGAUGGUCCACAGUGAUGAUGAACAAGAAGGCAAAGUUUUAAAAAGCCUGUAG